CCAAUUGGUCCAUUUAAAAAGAACUACGUACUGAGAUAACAGCGGUUGUGCAUUCAUGCACGCCAAUAGUGUCGUUACUGAAUUAUUUCACCCGGGGUUAUCUGCAAAUUGAAUAUAGAAUCAAAAAAUGUCCUACAAUCGAAUAACAGAACCAGUCAACCUGGAUGACUUGCCUAAACCAGUCAACAAUGGCGAGCGCUAUCCACCGAUUGCAUUGCCUGCUCCAGAAAGCGGAACCGAAACAAAGGCGGCAGACAAUUCAAAUACUGCUAUGAUGAAUGUCGCUCCAAUGUUGGAGAGUGGGGACCUUAUAAUGCGUAAUACUCCUGGACUUAUUAUUACUAGUCCCGGAAUGGACGAUACUACAGGAUUAGAACCUAAGAAUUUCGGGUUUACAGAGGAAAGCAUACGCAAGGGCUUCAUUCGGAAGGUCUAUAUGAUUCUUGUGAUGCAAUUAUUGUUUACCUGUGGCGUUAUCAGCAUCUUUUUAUAUCAUGAACCGACAAAAAGGUUUGUCUACCAGAACCAACAAGUGCUCUUCGCCGCUUUGAUCGUUAAUUUGGUCGUCCUCCUAUCGAUGGCAUGCUGCGAAACAGCCAGACGCAGCUAUCCGAUCAAUUUCAUAUGCCUCGGUCUAUUCACAUUUACCAUGUCCCUACUACUGGGCGCCAUAUCGAGCACAAUGGAUGCUAACCUGGUGCUAAUGGCUGUGGGAGUUACCGCCGUGUUGGUUAUCGCAUUGUCCAUAUUCGCCAUACAAACCAAGUAUGAUUUCACAGCUUGGCGUGGCGUUAUGAUUGCCGUUGUUGUCUGUUUGCUGCUGCUUGCUCUUGCUGGUGGAUUUCUGCGGGAGACUUUCGGCGAGACGGCAGUGUCGAUUUUUGGUGCCUUGAUUGCCAGUUUCCUGCUAAUCUAUGAUACCCAAUUGAUAAUUGGUGGCACGCACAAGUAUCAGUUUAGCCCGGAGGAAUAUAUAUUUGCUGCAUUAACAUUAUACGUGGACUGUGUGCGCAUUUUCCUAUACGUAUUACGUAUGGCAAGGCGGUAAACCGCCAACCCGUUAUAGUUUACAUUACAAACCUCAUAAUUAAUGCCGAACUAUGAAUCGAAUUAUACAUAAAUAUUUUAAUUACACUAAAUGUAAAACGAUGUUAAACACGUAACUAACAACACAAUUAAUUGAAAAGUGAACAGUGAGAAUCUACAACGACAAGACUCCAAUGAUUAUAAAGAACAAACUUAAGAAAAGCGGAUUAGUGACCAUUCAAUGGUAUGCCAAAAGAUUUGUGUAAACGUCAAAUUCUCAUUUAAUGAUUAGUUACUUAUGCUGCUUGAUCAGACUAAUGGAUGCAUUUUGUGCUUAUUAUAUAUACAUCUAUAAAUAUACCUAUACAUUAUGAAUGUUUGUGAAUUACUUUAUGAUUAUAUGUAAAUUAUACUAUUAUGAUAUGUAUUACAGAUGUAUGUCGAUCAGAGUAAAAUAAA